AUGCCAGGAUUGGUGGGUAGAGCUGGAGUCCCACCUAGGCGCGCUGUGUCUUGUGGGUGGAAGCGCUGUCUGGGUUUUGGCGUUUCGCGCAAUGCUGCGGCGGGGAGACCCGGAGCUGAUACCGAGACACUUGAAUUAGCUUUACCAGAGGAGAAAUGGAGGAGCCAUAGAACAUCAAGGAUGAAUUCAGGAAGACCCGAGACCAUGGAGAACUUGCCUGCUCUCUACACUAUUUUCCAAGGAGAGGUUGCUAUGGUGACAGACUAUGGAGCCUUUAUCAAAAUCCCAGGCUGUCGGAAGCAAGAUGAUCAGAAAAUUGAUACUUUGAUGCUGGUGCCUUCUUCAUUUUACCAGAAAGGAUCUGUGAAAAGUGUUGAUGGCAACUCCCCGGCACCAGUGCCUGACCGGGAGCUGGUUAUGAAAAAUGAUAGGAUAAAAGUGUCCCUCUCCAUGAAAGUCGUCAACCAAGGAACUGGGAAAGACCUUGACCCCAACAACGUUAUCAUUGAGCAGGAAGAGAGGCGGAGGCGGUCCUUCCAGGAUUACACUGGGCAGAAGAUCACCCUCGAGGCUGUCCUGAACACCACCUGCAAGAAGUGUGGCUGUAAAGGCCACUUUGCAAAGGAUUGUUUUAUGCAACCAGGAGGGACCAAAUAUUCUCUGAUACCAGAUGAGGAAGAGGAGAAGGAAGAGGCAAAGUCAGCAGAGUUUGAGAAGCCUGACCCCACGAGGAAUUCUUCUAGAAAAAGAAAGAAGGAGAAGAAGAAAAAGAAACACAGAGACAGGAAGUCAUCUGACUCGGACAGCUCAGACUCUGAGAGUGACACAGGCAAGAGGGCAAGGCACACCUCCAAGGACAGCAAGGCAGCGAAGAAGAAGAAGAAGAAGAAGAAGCACAAGAAGAAGCACAAGGAGUGAGAGCGGAGAGAGUAGGGGGGUGGCUGAGAGGAGGAGGAACCAGGAGCCCGGUGCCUUGAAGCCCUGGCUCCCGG